GCGCUCGAGCCGUCAAGAGCAGAUAAGCAACGACCAUGGUCCCAUAACUCGGCGGCCUCUCAGUGGUCGUCUCCAAGUGUCUCUGCGCCCGCGCGAUCGACAGGAACAAGGACGAAACCCCGAGCGCAUGCUGCCUUGGCUCUCGAGGAUUCGCUGCCCCGACAUCUACACCACUAACGCCCAAAGACCCCCCCCCCGGCGGGGCCAUUCUCCCACAAUGCAUCUUAGCCCUUUACAAUCGCGGCUGGUGGCGUCUCUCGCCGCCUCCUGCCUGCUGAUUCUGCUCUACCUCAUCCUCUUCCCGCCGAGUUUCGCCCUUGCCGCCGAGCUCAACGACGCGUUCCCCGCCGUUUCCGAUGAUCUCGACUUCUCGAUAGACCCCGCAGUGCUCAACAAUCGAGAUCCAAUGUAUGAGCCCGAGUUCUCGGCCUUCGACAGAAGUAUAACGGGCCGGGUUCCUGAAGGCGUCACGCCACUCACAGACAACGAGCCCCUACCAAUGAACAUACAACCGGGGUCGACACAGCUCUUUGUGUUCGUGCUGCCUAGCGGGUCCCCAGGGGAGGAGGACGGCAGGCGGCAUGAGUUGAGAGGCGAGCAUAAUGCUUCGCGGGAGGCUACCGCUGGCGCUGGCGCCACGGAGCAAGCGAAGGGCACAUUUGAGGAUGGACAAGGCAUUGGGAAACGACAAGCUAAACAAACAGUCUACAUUUCGGCAAAUACCUGUGACCGCCCGCUGCCGGUUGACCCGUCGAAAACGACACAAGAUGCUCCCCAGCUUACUCUUUUCGUAUCCACUUCCGCCGAGAAUCAAGCGCCUGGGCCACUCGCGGAUCAAGGGAGCCAAGACGUGGUCGUGUUCAACGAGGGAGCCGUGAUGUACAGCUUCAACACGGACGGAGAGGUCUAUCUCGGUGUUUACGCACCAAACGUCUCGGACUCCUUCUCCACGAAGCCUUACAAUGUCCAGGUUGUGGUGUCUACGGACGGCUACUACUUCAGCUACGACGACCACGAUGAUGCCGACUUGAUCUGGGUCGACAGUGACUCGCAAGGGGCGCUGUUGAUCACACACAACCUGACCGACAGUACUGAUCCGAAACUGGAGGCCGAGAUCAUGAAAACCCAGCCAUAUGUGCUCUUUGCGCACAAUAAAAAGGACCGAGCCAUCAACGGUCUCAAGUACUCAUACUGCGGGUUGUACAGGCAUGCACAGAUUGCGGCUACGAAAGACGAGCGGGCCACCCCUCUGGUUCGAACAGGCAUGACCAAAAGGGGGCCGGGGAACUUGCCGAAGCAGCAGUUCUUUUUCAGCGGUCUUAACUCCAGCGCCGAAUAUUUCGGGAUCCUGGCACGAGAUGGGCUCGACGACGGUGACCAUCUGGCCACGAGACAGGCCGCUUUCAAGCGAGGGACCCGGGUAUUCAAGGCGACCAGCUUCCGCACAAAGUCCAACCACGGCAACUGCGCCCUCGUCAUCGAUCUGUCCUUCUGCGACCAGAUCGCCUACUCGGUUCCCAGCAACCCAAACUUUGGCAACUCGACAAAGCUCGCCGACUUCUAUGACAGCUACGCCCGAUCGGCAUACGCCAACUUCGAGAAGUCCCUCGCGCAGGUCCCGUGCGACGCACCGUCGAGCCAGCGCUACUCGCUCGUGCGCAACUGCACCGACUGCGCGGCCGCGUACAAGGACUGGCUGUGCUCCGUCGCCAUCCCGCGCUGCGAGGAUUUCUCCAACACGGCCCCCUAUCUCCAGCCUCGCGCCGUCACCCAGCCAUUUCCCAACGGCGAGAGGCUCGACGCCGAGACGCUGGCGUCGAUGCCCAACACCACGGCCUUCACGGCGAGUCGGAACCCGCGGAUCGACGAAGUGAUCAAGCCGGGUCCGCACAAGGAGCUGCUGCCGUGCGACCAUCUCUGUUAUAAGCUUGUGCAGAGCUGCCCCGCCUCGCUGGAGUUCGGUUGCCCCUUGCCCCGAGGGAUUGGGUUCGCGGGAAACUAUGCCAAGCAUGAUCCGUCCGUGGGGCUGACGUGUAAUUUCCCGGGCUCGGCGCACUUCCCGUCGGCCGGCGAGAGGGCGGUGUUGGAUUGGGGGUUGAUGAUUUUGGUGCUGGUGGCGGGAUCACUCACGGUAUGAUGGCAAUCAGAGACUUAGUAUUGACUGCUUGUGAGGGGCAAUGUAUCGGACGGGAGGCGCUCCGGCGCCCUUGCUUGGCUUUUCGGCGUUGGGGACUUUAAUUGGAGAUGGAACCGUCGGGAUCGGGAAUGUCCAGAGCUCAGGACACGAUAAUGUGAUGUUAUCAUAACGGGAUAGACGAUAGGUUUACCGGGAGAUGCGCCAUAGGAUCCAG